CUUUUUUUAUCUCGAUUCGGCGCCUGGUGACUACAGAAGCCAAAAUACAUAUUAUUGUGUUGCAGUGGACAGGCUUUUACCGUAUCUGCUCAGUCUUGCUCCGUGUGACCUCGUGUGGCAGCACAUGCCGAGUACCAUGGGUCGGAACACCAGCAGAACUAUCUCCCACAGUGUUCCCGUGGUGGUGGUGUGCCUUGCUGCUUUGCUUCUUAGCAAUGUCUUGAUCUACCUGUAUCUGGACUCUGUGAAUUACACAGAUGAGCAGCUCCUGUUCUCUCAUGUAGGCUGUGUGCCUCGACACUUCAAAAUGGCAACCAUGAAAAACUGCACCCCCUGGCUUCAGUGUUUACAGAUAAAAACAGAAGUGCGCAAGCUGAAGCUGAUUGGCCAGGGAGUUGUUAAGAAGGUCUAUCUGGCAGAGUGGAGGGGUCAGAAAGUGGCUCUGUCCAAACUAUCAUCUCUGGAUUACCAGGAGGAUUUUCUACAUGGAUUGUCCAUGUUACAGGCCCUGCAGGGCCCCCAGGUGGUGCAGUUGGUGGGAUUUUGCCUUGAAGCCCAUACCCUGGUCACAGAGCACCACCCACUUGGCUCACUACUUAACUUGGAUGGUAUUCUAGCACAAGAGCUGCACCAGCAGCACAACACAUGGCAGAUCCGUCUGAGGCUGGCUAUGGAUUAUGUCUCCAUCCUCUAUUACCUUCAUAACAGCCCAGCUGGGCGACGGGUUAUGUGUGAUUCCAACAGCCUGGAGAAAACCCUCUCCCAGUUUCUGCUGACGAGUGACCUUCACCUGGUAGUGAAUGAUCUGGAUGCGCUGCCUGAGGUGGACCCAUCCCGAGGCUUGUGGGUGAAAUGUGGCCACCGGGAGCUCACUGGAGACUUUGUAGCUCCAGAGCAGUUGUGGCCAUUCAGAAACAAAGGGGAGCCAUUUUUAGAUGAUCUCAUGCCAGCGUAUGAUGAGAGGACAGACAUCUGGAAGAUCCCAGAUGUGACAUGGUUCCUGAUGGGAAGGGUACCUGGAGGGGAUUUAGUCCACUUUCAUCUUUUUCAGAUCCAUGAGGAUUGUAAGAAGGAAGACCCCAAGCUGCGCCCUUCGGCUCUGGAUGUUUUAAAGGUGUACAAAUCCGUCUACAGCAGCAUGGUGCGGGACAGUGCUGGCCUUAGAGACAUGCUGUAGACUACAAUAAAAAUUCUAAAAUACUG